GGAGAUGUUAACUACCUCGCCCGGUAUACAGGAGACUCGAGGAGGUUGGCUCCUUCCGUGCUCAUGGAUACGUUUAUUAUGCGGGACGAUGAGGAGAAGCCUGGCAGUACGAUCUGGCUGCCAGUGAAAGUGGAGACUCAAGACAACAAUCACGCUAAAGUAGCAGACAUUCUCAUUAAAGAGGAGAAUGUUCAGGCUGAUGGGAGGAGUCUGGACAUUAAACAGGAGAACCCAAGCACCAAUGGCCGAGAACUUCACAUCAAACAAGAGAAGCGGCAGGUUGAACGACAGGACCUGCACAUUGUGGAGGUCGACCUUAAAGAUCUACUGGUUGGCAAUGGUUCAUCUGUGAGACCUGGAGAGUCACGGGCCUCACGGGCCUCACGGGGAGACUGUGCAACAUCAUCAGGCGUAGCGGAGAUCGAAGUGGAGGUGGACGACGAAGGAACAGUUGUGAACGAUGGCCUGGAGAUACACUCCCAAGCAAAUGCCCCGACGACGAGCAUCAGAGAGAGGCCACACAAAUGCUCCGUGUGCAGCAAGAGCUUUGUUCGUCCAUCGGAUCUGAAGAACCAUGUGAUGAGUCAUACGGGAGAGAAGCCGUACAAGUGCUACAUGUGUGAGAAUGCUUUUGUUACCGCAUCAAAUCUCAAGAAUCACAUGAGCAUCCACAACGGAGAGAAGCCGUACAGGUGCUCUGUGUGUGGGAAGGGAUUCAAUCGCUCAUCAACCCUUGCGACCCACGCCACGAUUCACGCCACGGAGAAACCACACAUAUGCCCCGUGUGCGGAAAGGGAUUCAGUCGACCAUUUGCUUUGAAGUGCCAUGUGGUGAUCCAUUCGGGCGAUUGCCCGCACAAGUGUGCAUUGUGUGGAAAGGAAUUUAGAAAGGAAAUGCAGCUCCAGGACCACAUGAGGAACCACACUGGAGAGUGGAGCCAUAGGUGCUCCGUGUGUGGGAAGGGGUUUAGUCGCUCAUUUGUACUGAAGACUCAUAUGAUGACCCACACGGGAGAGAGGCCACACAAGUGCCCCGUCUGCGGAAAGGGAUUCGGCCGCUUGUCAACCCUUCAGAACCACGCCACUAUGCACACCGGAGAGAAGGUGCACAAGUGCCUCGUGUGCGGAAAGGGAUUCAGUCGGCCAUCAGCCAUUAAGAGUCACAUGAUGAUCCACACGGGCGAAAGCCCACACAAGUGCUCGAUGUGCGGAAAGGGAUUCACGGAGUCGGUGCAGCUCAAGAGGCACAUGAGGAACCACACGGGAGAGUGGCGCCACAGGUGCUCCGUGUGCCAGAAAGGGUUUAUUCGCCCAUCAGAACUGAAGAAUCACAUGAUGACCCACACGGGAGAGAGGCCACACAAGUGCUCUGUGUGUGGGAAGGCCUUUAAGCAAUACACAGCCUUGAAAAGUCACAUGAAGACCCAUACGGGAGAAAGACCACACAAAUGCUCUCUGUGCGAGAAGGACUUUAAGCAGUGUACAGGCCUGAAGAGUCACAUGUUAACCCACACGGGAGAAAGGGCAUACAAGUGCUCUGUGUGUGAGAAGGACUUCAUCCACUCUACAUCCCUGAAGAGUCACAUGAAGACCCAUUCGGGAGAGAAACCAUAUAAGUGUUCUGCAUGUAAGAAGGACUUUAGGCACUCUACAACCCUGAAGAAUCACAUGAAAACCCACACGGGAGAGAAACCACAUGUGAUCUGUGUGUGGGAGUAGUUUUAAUUAAUAAAGCCUUAAAGUACACAUUUUGACCCACAGUGGAGAUCGGCAUCCAUGUGGGAACAGCUAUCAAACACAAUGACAUGAGGAAGAUGGCCAGUGAGGAAUAUAUCAGGAGAGCAAAGAUCAUAUCAAGUCAUCUUCAACAGCUCGAAACGAAUUGAAAAUUACAAACCAGUUAGCUGCGCCAGUUGUUACUCGUAGCUCUGGGUAAACAUAUUGGCCCUUAAAAUAUCUACACUACUUGGAUGUAAAGAUUAAGAAACCUCUAUCUACGUAAGAAGUUGUAUACGACCAGUGUCAGAGGUUGUAUGUGCCUCGUGCCGAGGGAUGGCAAGGCUCACAGUACUGGUUAUGGAGCUUACCCCUAUUAUGCCUGAACAUAUCUGCAAUCAUCAAAACACUCAACAACUAAAUGGAAUUGCAGGGUUGAGGCCUUAUCCAUUUCAGUAAUAAAGCUUAGACAUGCAUUCUGAAGGAGAAAGGGAUCGCAUCAAGACAGCGUUAUUGACAAAAGAGUUUGCAAACUAACAGAAGAGAUUUUAUUUAGAGCAAAAUUAAGCAUCCAGAAAAAAUUACUCGAGAACCACAGUGCAUUUGAAAAUGAAGUUCCAGAGGAAUGAAUUUCUCGAUAAAGAUUUCCCACAUGGAUAUAGAUUAGAAAUGGGGACAUGAGUCCCAUCACAGGACACCGGAGUACCCAAAGGAAAUCCACAGACACGAGGGGAUUACACUCAAAUGCCCACGCAGAUGACUUCAACUAAUUUAUUGUAAUUCCACCUAUCCAUCUUAUGGCCCAAUUGGUUUUGGUAGUCGUGUGUCUGCAUAAUCAAAUGUUAGAUUACUGGUGUGAGCCACCUUACAUUCUAUUAACUUGGAUGUAACUACACACACACACAAAAAUAUAUUGAAUGCCAGCAAAACAAACAUCUUUCUCAUAGCAAAACUAAAAAAAUGUAUGUUCUGAUGAUUGAGUUAUCAGUCCUGAUUGACUAUUUAGCAUUUGUUUUAAAAACUUUUAUUUCCGAUUGCGAAGAACAGGUCCAAAUGCCCAAACAAGGCUAAGUGGCUGUUCCCAACAGCACAAUUAGAGGCGUAAGAGAUGAGUGUUCACACAUUUCUUGGAUUGAGCAUUAUUAUGAGAACUUGGAAUUUGAGAUGAUGAGACAAUGUUGUAGUUAGAACAGUGCAGGGAAGGAAGCAGAAAGAGAUACAGUUUGGUUAAGAUACACUUUGGUUAAGAUUAAACCGCCUCUCUUGUAGACCGAGUUCUUCACUUGGAUUGGAGGAAUUAAUUAGUUAAGUUCAUGGAAAAAGUAACCGUGGUAGUAUUGAUUAUAAGAGUGAUAAGAAGACACCACCAGUGAGUGAGUGUCUGGAGUGAAUCUGUAAGUGCCGGAUCACCAAUCAACCGAACUGCUUUAAAUUAUAUCCAGCAUUGUGAGGUAUGAACUGGAUGCUCCACCCCAGAUUUGACAACAGUAUUCCAACGUUGGCCAAAGUUAUGAUUUGUCUAGUCAUGGUAUAUAUUUUUUUGUUCAAUAAGGCAUUCACACACAAAAAAAGCAAAGCCUUUGAAGCCUCCUUAACCAGGUUAGUAAUAUAGCUAUUCCAUGACAGGUCAGGCGUGCUUGUUGUACCAAACAGAUAUUACCAGUCUCACGCGAUAUCACUUUGUGUUUUUGUUGUUGAAGGUGACCCAGUUUCUAUCACUCCAAUCCAGAAGUUUCAAAUAGUGAUUGAUGGUGCGGCAUGUGCACAUUGAACAGCUAGAUGUCUAUUGCGUUCAUCUUGUGAUUUCAAUAAAGUGCACUGUCAUCUGCAAAGGAGGGGAUCAUAUGAGUAAAAUAAUUAAUAAAGAGAACAAAUAAUGUUGGAGAUGAAACAACUUUGCGGAACACCAACGUUAUUGAUGAAGGUAUCUGACUGGCGAUCUCUUAACUACUGCAUAUAUUUAUCCAGGCUUGAGAUUAAGAUAACAAGUCGCCUAUAAACCAUGCUUAACAUAAUCCAUGCUGAUGGAUACUGGGAAAUUAUGAUGUCAAGUGGUUGAACUGUUGAUUAGAGAUGAAAGACGUUCAAUAUCAGAAUAUUUCUUUAUACUGGAGGAAUCCGAUAAGCUUUAAAGCUCUUUUCACAAGUCCAUUUGAAGUAUUGUGCAUUUAGCAUAGUUUGGUGGUAGUAAGGCAAUGUAUCGUUUCUUAUUUGGCGAGUACAUCUAUUUCUUCCUGUAUAUUCUUAGUUUUUUCGGUAAAGUCACGUUGAAGAGAAACAGCAAAAUAAUAAAAUAUAU